GAACCAGAGUGAAACAAGCUCUCUUGAUCCUGAGGUAAAGCAAUACAGAUAUGAGAACGGCCGAAGAUACCAUGCCUAUAGCGAGGGACUGUACUGGGCUCCUAACGAUGACAAGCAGAAUGAGCAGCUCGAUAUAUUUCAUCAUGUUUACACUCUCGUCCUUGAUGGAGCUCUAUAUUUGGCACCUAUCGGCGAGAAUCCAGAACGAGUCCUUGACCUUGGAACUGGUACUGGGAUCUGGGCGAUCGACAUUGCGGACAAGUUUCCGAAUACGAGAGUCAUUGGAAAUGACCUUUCACCGAUACAGCCUACAUGGGUGCCUUCAAAUUGUUCCUUUGAAAUCGAUGAUUUCACAAAGCCAUGGGAACAUGUCUUGAAUUCAUUCGAUUUCAUUCACGGGCGAGCUCUACACGGAUCAGUUUUCAGUUGGACCUGUUUGUAUAAAGAAGCAUAUGCUGCUCUUAAACCUGGUGGAUGGUUCGAAUCCGUCGAGACUACAAUUGGGUUUUAUAUUGAUGACGACGAGGGCCAACCUACUGCUAUUGGUUCCAGCACUUCUAUAUCACAGUGGUGUAGGCUAGGAAUUGAAGCUUCAGAAAGAGCAGGAAGACCAUUUGAUAUUACAGAUAAGUUAAAGGGAUGGAUGGAAGACGCCCUUUUUAUCAAUGUGGAGGAAAAUAUUUUUAAGGUCCCCAUCGGUUCAUGGCCAAAGGAUCACAAAAUGAAGAACAUCGGGAGAUAUAAUUUACUCAAUCUCCUAGAAGCUCUAGAGGGAUUUACUUUGGCGCUUUUCACGCGUUUCCUUGACUGGACCGCAGACGAGGUCUAUGUUCUUCUUGCUGGUGUUCGCUCCGAGUUACGGUCUAAGGAUAGCAAUUUUUACUUCAAAAUGUACGUUGUUUACGGACAGCGGCCGUUCGAAUAG